AUGGAUAUUUCAGAGUACCAAUCCCAAUCCGAUCCCAACUGGACAGCGGACGGGCUAUUCUGUAGAGUUCACAGCUUUCGCUGUUACCACCGUAGCCAUCGACUGGGCUAUGGUCUGAUCUUGCUGGUGUUCUCACCCGUUGACACGCCCAAAAGAAUUCCCCAUCACUACGCCCCAGGUCGGCAUCGUUUUCCCAUCAAUCACCCAUCACACGUGUCGACGCGUCGAGAUGGGUAA